GCUGAAAGAAGAAACUGGCGGCCGAGCCAGACCAAAACGGUAGUACUAUAUCCAAAUACACAAUCAACGGCUAAUAUAAAAAUCACCGUUCAAUCUGACGGCUCAAACCAAAACCGCGUCAUAGUAGUACUUCGCAUGAAUCCUUCGUCCUGAACGAAAAUCUUCUCUACAUCCCAAACUCAACUCCAGUCUAACGUUUCUCUCUCUGGGACUCAGAUUCACUACAUACAGACACAUAUAUAUACAGAGAUAUAUAUAUUUAUAUAUAAACACGCCAAUUUGUGGUGUCUCUGUGCUCUAUCAUCUCGUAUUUUAGAGAGAGAAAGAGGUAAAGAGAAAUAAAGAUGCAAUCGAAUAACGCCUCUGAUCCACAACCGCCACAGAACCAACAGCCGCAUGCGGCAGCGGCGGCUGGGCCACCUCCACCGCAGCAGCAGCAGCAGCAGUGGGUGGCGAUGCAGUAUCCGGCGGCGGCGAUGGUAAUGCAGCACCAGAUGAUGCCGCCGCCACAUUACCCUCCGCACUACAUGCCGUACCACCAGCAUCACCUCCACCAUCAAUAUCAAGCUCAGCAAUAUCAACCGCAACAAGGAUCUAACGGCGAGAAUAAGACGAUCUGGGUCGGCGACCUCCAUAAUUGGAUGGACGAGGAUUACCUACACAACUGCUUCGCUUCCACCGGCGAGCUUACUUCCAUAAAGGUUAUUCGUAAUAAACAGACUGGUUUGUCGGAGGGCUAUGGAUUUGUGGAAUUCUAUUCACAUGGUGCAGCUGAGAAAGUUCUACAGAACUACACUGGCUGCAUGAUGCCUAAUACAGAACAACCUUUCCGUCUGAACUGGGCUACAUUUAGCAUGGGUGAUAAGCGUUCCAAUAACGGUUCUGAUCUUUCCAUAUUUGUAGGAGAUUUAGCUUCAGAUGUUACUGAUAGCUUAUUGCAUGAAACUUUUGCUAGUAAAUAUCCAUCUGUUAAAGCUGCUAAAGUUGUAAUUGAUGUCAACACCGGUCGUUCAAAAGGUUAUGGUUUUGUAAGGUUUGGUGACGAGAAUGAGAGAUCACAGGCCAUGACUGAAAUGAAUGGUGUGUACUGUUCAAUCAGGCCCAUGCGUAUUGGUGCCGCAACACCGAGGAAAUCAUCUGGAUUCCAACAGCAAUAUUCUUCUCCAGUUUUGAUAGGUGGGUAUGUGCCAAAUGGUGCCUCGGCCCAGGGCCCCCAAUCUGACGGAGAUUCUACAAAUACAACAAUAUUUGUUGGAGGGCUUGACCCUAACGUCACCGAUGAGGAUCUCAGGCAGCCUUUCUCCCAGUAUGGUGAGAUAGUUUCUGUAAAAAUUCCAGUUGGUAAAGGAUGUGGGUUCGUGCAAUUUGCUAACAGAAAUCAUGCUGAGUCGGCACUGCAGAAACUGAAUGGUACAGUGAUUGGCAAGCAAACAGUUCGGCUUUCUUGGGGACGAAAUCCAGCAAAUAAACAGUUGAGAGGUGAUUUUAGCAACCAGUGGAAUGGCGCAUAUUACGGAGGACAAAUUUAUGAUGGUUAUGGAUAUGCUCUGCCACCACCUCACGACCCAGGCAUGUACACUGCAGCAGCAGCGGCGUAUGGGGCUUAUCCCACGUACGGCACCCACCAACAACAAGUAAGCUGAAUGGCUGUCUGUCCACAAGAACAUAUUUAGUUCGAGUGACAAGACAUCCUUAGCAGAAUAGAAUGAGCUUAAGCGCUUCAUUUGUCUGUAGCUUGGUUGGUUGUAGAAUUUUCGUGAUCCCCGCGGAACUGAAUUUUGACUACAUGAGGUAGCUUUUUCUAGGAAUUUUAUUGAACAUUUGUUAAAAAGUUCGGGAUUUAGCAUGAAACUUCUUAAUGGGAAUAAAUUAAUUUGCUUAAAA